UAUGUCUCACCAGAGCAGUUAGGGCUAGCUUUCGUCUUGAAAAUUUGUAUUAAAUAUUAGUCUAAUUCUAAUUGAUAUCAACAUUAAUUAAUUUCAGGGCCGUCCUUUUGUCAGUUUAACAUCGAGGAUAUGGAAUUGUAGCUGAACUGUACAAAUGGAGCGGUAGAGCAACGAACAAAAUCGUAGGCUAGGCGAACAGUGCAUCAAUCAACAAGAAAGUAAAAAUGUUUCCCGCUUCACAUAAAACGGUGAUCGUCAUUGAUCACAGUCCGUUUUUUGGCAAGCCUUGCGGUCACAAGAUAGAAUACGACAUGAUCAGCAAAUCUCGGUCGGGAGUUUCAAAUAUUCCAAUUGAUCCAUUUUACAAGUCACUUUGGACCUGUGCAGUAGAGGCAGCAUUUGAGUACUGCCGUAUUGUGUAUGAUAUAUUCGCAUCUGAUAGAUUGAUACGAUUUAUUGCAGCAGACACAGAAGCAAGACUCCUGAAUACAUGGAGCAAAUCAGAUCAACAGCUAAGUGAUUUGAUGCAUGUUUUUGCUGAGCUAGGUCCAGCAGAUCCUGAGGCUAGUGAUGAUGAUUGUAGUAUAAUUCACGGCCUUACAGCAGCAGUGGAAGUGCUGUGUGAAUGCAGUGAGGAACAGCACCAGAUUCGUACUUCGAUGACGGAUGUCGCCUCAAGCGUAUCGAACAAAGGCAGAAUCAUUUGCUUCACUUCAGUUACAAACGACACCCAUGUUGAGGUUCUGAAGAAAAGUGUUCAAGACGCAAUAGUACAGCAUAACAAAAUGGCUGCUGGCUCCGACAAUCUUCUUUCGAUAAAUCACUGUGAACUUACUGUCUUUCACGUACAUGUCCCUGAAGACUCUUCAACAGCAAUAACCCCAAAAACACGCCAGAAUGUCUCCUCAAAUUUGUCGUUCAGACUGAUCUCGGUACCGUCUGCGCAAUAUCUGGCUAGUCAUCUUUGUAAAUUAGUCCAGGCACAUCACAACCUUGUUAUGACAACAAUCACUGGUAUUCCAAUGAAGGAAGAACAAAAUUCCAAUAGCUCAGCCAAUUACGAUGUCGAGUUGCUGCAUCAUAAAGACGGCCACAAAGAAGUUCGCAAGAGCACUUCCCAAAGUGCCUCGUCGAGUGGUGAUACAUCCUUGAAAGUCCUCGGUCAAGAGGAGAACAACAUCAUACUGAAAUGGUGCUCACCCAGAGGAAUGUCUAAUGAAUUGCUGUAUUGCACGGGUGCAUAUAGAAUUUCUCCAGUAGAUGUCAACAGUAGGCCUUCGUUAUGCCUGACAAACUUUCUUCUGAAUGGCCGCCAGGUCAUGCUUGAGCAGCCACGCAAGGCUGGGGCAAAGGUCAUGUCGCAUAUGUUGACAAGUCAUGGUGGGGAAAUCUUCAUCCAUUGCCUGUCGACCUCACGAUCAUAUCUGGAAGACCCGCCGUCAAUUAGCGAGGGCUGCGGGGGGAGGGUGACGGAUUAUAGGAUUACUGACUUUGGCGAGUUCAUGAAGGACAAUCGCCUUGCCCCCUUCACCACAGAUAGUCAUGAUGAGGAAUUACCUAUCAUUAAAGCAAAAGAACAACUUGAAAGGCAGACCAGACUUUGGCCCAUGGUAAUUAGUGAUACUAUCAUCUUCAACAUGGCAUCGCACAUUGACCCCUUACCGACAUUGAUUGCCAAACCUGUGAUGGAUGAGGAAGACAUCACUGAGUGCAAGAAGUCUAUCCUUCACCUAGUUGGUAUAGAAGCAAAGGGUGACCCAAUACCCCUUCCCCCAGGUAUUAGGGGUAAAGCACCAAAAAAGGAGGAGCAUUAUCGACAGAUGUGGGCGGAGCUUGAGACAUUAAUAAAAGCAUACAGUAAUACGUCUCCUGCGCAUCAAGAAGUGCUUAAGUGCUUGUACGACUGUAAGCCGUCUAGUGACUCCAACGGCAAGAAGGGAAUGGACAAGUCCUCAGCAAAGGGCACAGAGAAAGCCAGUGAAGCAGAAAAGGCUUGGAAAGAUCUAGACAGGUUGCAAAGCAUGACUCAUCGAGAGAAACAGGACUUUCUAUCAAAUACAGAUUUGGGGAACAUAGAGGGCACUCCACCAAUCAAAAAGCAGAAGAUUACAAAGGAUGAAAGUAGAGAUAGACAGAAAGGCGGACCAGUCUCCUUGCUGUCAUUAUGGACCAGUCGGAUAAAAGUAGUCAAUACCAUGAGGCAUGAAGAGUUUGCAGGGAGACUAGAAGCUGUAAAUAACAAAACAGAACUCUAUGCUCACAUGAAGAAAGACGAUAAUUAAAUAAAUUUAUAGGAGGCACAAGGGGUCAUAAUUUUUUAAGAAAGUACAAAACAUACUCUUUUCUGUGUCACUUGCCAUCCUAAAGUACACAAAAAAUGAUUUUAGGUCAUCAUUUCACAUACGCUGUUGACCCCUCCUAGCUUAUGUUUUGUACUCUUGACUACCAUAACACAAUUGUCCCAAUGUGCAAACCAAUGUAUGCACUACAGUUAAACGUGCCCAACUCGAAUAAUUUCCAAGUUUAUCUUAUUUUACAUGCCAAAUUGUUGUAUUUUCCAUUCUGUAAGUUAAAUUUUAUCUAAGUUGAAGAAUUUUUCAUUUCGACUUAGGCAAGUUCAGCUGUAUUUAUAAAUCUAUAGGGCAUCUAAGACAAUUGUCUCUAUGCAUAAAAAAUCAUUCUAAAUCAAGUAUUUCAUAUGUAUUUUUCAAAGAUGCAACAUUGUAGUUAUGAGAUUAAAUUGCUAAAAUUUUAAUUUACACUAAAAAGUUGAUAUAACUUAUAAGGGAAAAUAAAAAUCUAUUAGUAUACAAAUACUAAUAGAUUUUAUGAGCAUAAUAGGAAGAAUAGUUUAAUGAGUUGAAAGAUUGACUGCUCCAUUCGACGAGGCGGAGCCAAGUUGAAUGGAACAGUCAGUCUGUCAACUCAUGAAAAUAUUCUUUCUUAAAUUCAUUAUUUGUUUUACAACAUGCCUAAAGUAGAUUCUUGUCAUUUGAUAUUUUAUGAAAAAAAUCUACCCUUUUUAGAACAGUCCAGCAUGUCUUUAACCAAUCAAAAGAUUGUAGUAGGUUGGAGUCAUAUUCUAGGCACCGUGAAAUGGGCAAAAACGGAUGGAACGAAAAUGCACGGAUGAAAAUAAGUUUCAAUGAUGAGUGACGACAUGGGGUAAAUAACCAUUGUCACAUGAUACGAAAUCCACUAAUCAAAUUACAGGAAUCUAUAUAGGUGUGUUAUAAAACAUUAGAGUAAAUUAUGCUUUGCAUAUUUUUAAUAAGUGUAAUUAAUAUAUUCCCAAUUUAAAAGGAAAAUGAAAUACUGUCAAACAGUUAUAUUCAUUAUUGCACAUUAUUAAUUAUGUUGUAUUGUAUACAGUAUGGACACAUGUUGUGUCCAUACCACCCUCAUUGUAGGUGGUGUUUGUAAACAAUGAACAAUUACACAAUGCAUUGUCUAAAAAGCAGAAGCUACUAUUUUGACAAAAUAUAAUUAUAAAAUUAAAAUGAAAGUUGUCUGUCGAAAUUUUAUAUUUAAUGUCUUUUUAAAAUUUACAUAAAAUGACAUUGCACAGCUGAAACAAUAAGGCAAUAAGAAAAUAAAAGUCUUGCAAAAGAAAUCAAUUAAA